AUGGAUAUGCAGUCCAUGUACAUGAGAGUCGGCGCAGAACAAUCAUUGCGCCUAGUAACACGCAAAACCUUCACGCGCCUUUUAGUUUUAGUGAUUGAUCUAGAAGCCAAAAUUUUGCAAAAAGAGAGCAGGAUAAUGGAGGGGAAGGUAUUGAUACCAUCAAGAUUCAAGAGGGUUUGUGUGUUUUGUGGUAGCAGCACUGGGAAGAGAAACUGCUACAGAGAUGCUGCCAUUGAACUAGGAGAGGAGCUGGUGGCAAAAAGGUUGGAUCUUGUGUAUGGAGGAGGAAGCAUUGGCCUCAUGGGUUUGGUUUCUCAAGCUGUUCAUAGUGGUGGAGGCAAUGUUCUUGGGAUCAUACCAAGGACUUUGAUGAGCAAAGAGAUUACAGGAGAAACAGUUGGAGAGGUAAAACAAGUAGCCGACAUGCACCAAAGAAAGGCAGAAAUGGCCCGUAAUUCUGAUUGUUUUAUUGCCUUGCCAGGUGGCUAUGGAACUCUGGAGGAGUUGUUAGAAGUGAUUACUUGGGCUCAGUUAGGCAUCCAUGACAAACCUGUGGGUUUACUUAAUGUUGAUGGUUACUACAAUUAUCUUCUGACUUUCAUUGACAAAGCCGUGGAUGAUGGCUUUAUCAAGCCUUCCCAACGCAACAUCAUUGUCUCUGCGCCAAAUGCCAAAGAACUUGUUCAAAAACUUGAGGAGUACGUGCCUGUGCACGAUGGAGUUAUAUCCAAGGCAAGCUGGGAGAUUGAGCAGCAACAAUCACCACAGCAGCAGCAACAGCAGUUUCUACUAGCCAUUGGACAUAAAGGAGCCAUUGGAGAGAGGGCUGUUCCCAUUUUUUGUCUUUCUGGUCCAAGAAAGACAUCUAAAGCAUCAUUAGCAUGGGUCACCCAAAAGAUGCAUAUGAAGAAGUAUCAUAAGGUCCAGGUUUUGGGGCAAUGUGACUACAGUUGGGACCGGUUUGAGGUUUGUGCAGUUCGUGCCUGCUGUUUUGGCCUUGUUCUGUUCUCGAAGUUGGUCCAUUCCUUUAGCAAAGGUGAAAUGAUCAUGAUGAUGCAGAGACAGUGCCGCCCUCGAGAGUUUGUCUCAAGAGACUGA